ACCGCACCGUUAAGACAUACAAUCGCGCGGGGAUCCGUUUAUCGCUGAACUUGGGAAUUUACUAUACUGUGUAUUGUGGCCGCAGUGCACUGCAUCCGGACGCGAGUGUCGGAAUUUGACAGUACUUCCUUCAGUAGGAAUUGUUGGUUCUGUGAAUCGAACUUGGGGUUAAGAAAAACCGCGACCUCAGCCGACUCUGCUGCGAAGGCAGCAGAUCAACUGUUCGCUAGUGAAACGAUAGCAAUUCCUGGAUCAAGAAGUGUCAGUGAAAAAUCGACGACGAAAAAAUAAUUCGAAUGUCGAACACAGAUUCCCAGUGAAAAGUGCCGCUUUGAUUAUGUUCUAGCAAAGUGAAAGUGCAAUUCGCCAGUGCCAAAACAAAAAAAACCCAAGACCCAAGGAUAAACCACAAGUGCUCGACUCCAGAAUACUCUGUUCCUCGAGUGAUCCCGCGAAACGAAUGGAUUGAUUUGGUCGUUGACGGUGAAGAAUUGGUGUCUGUUCGGCAAUUGGAUAUUUAUCGAUUUUAGUACCACGAAAACAUCAUAACACAGGUAUUAUCAUUACAGUUAUAGACUGCCAAAUCCGACGAGAAGUUUACCUUUCUCAUGACACUGGAAUGGAUGCUAUUAUGUUCAUUUGAGCUCCACAAAAAGCAGAAGAUUUUCGAUUUUGUUUUGUUUGCCGAUAAUUCCGAGAAAAGAACUUCAGAAGGCCCCCACGAUUGAGGAUGCGGUUAACGAGGUUUUUCUACACAUCGUUACUCAUUGGUAUACUACAGUUCACGCUAGCCGACGACACGGUGGAAGUGGUCAAAGCCAUCAGCCCCGGUGACGAGGUCGAGAAGCGCGAGAAUGAUCAGGACCAGGUGGCUCUGGAGUCGGUCGAUCAGGACCACCAGGGUUCGUCGUCGGUGCAUUCUUUUCCCCAGCACAUACCGCUCUCGAUAGGGCACGGACCGGGGCCGCAGCCACACGGUCCGGGACCGGCAGGACCGCACGGAUCACACCACGGAGGACACGGACCGAGCAGAGGUGCCCCACAUGGACUGGGUCAACCCUUCGGUCCUCCCCUACCACCAUUACCGGCGGCUCACGCCUACCACGGUCCACCACCGCCUCCACCGCCACCGAAACUGCAAUCGACCGACCUGAGCCCGGAUAAGCUGUACGGUGCUCCGCCGCUCGUUGGGAACGACCUGUGGUCAUCGCCGCUGCAGGAUAUGCCCAAGAUCGUUUCGCUGGAUGUGAAAUGUGAAAAGCAGGGCAUGAAGGUGUUUGUUCAAUUCGACAAACCAUUCUUCGGGAUCAUCUUCUCCAAGGGCCACUACAGCAACAUCAACUGUGUACACUUGCCGGCUGGAUUGGGCAAGACGUCGGCUUCGUUCGACAUCGGAAUUCACGAGUGUGGAACCGCCGGCAACACCGACAACGCACUCUACAAUGGAUACUCGGGAACAGAGUCCGGUGCUGGGUCGUACUUUGAAAAUAUUAUAGUGCUUCAGUACGAUCCCCAGGUUCAGGAAGUUUGGGAUCAAGCCAGAAAGUUGAGGUGCACGUGGCAUGAUCAGUACGAAAAGAGUGUCACGUUCCGUCCAUUCCCGGUAGAUAUGCUAGAUGUAAUUCGGGCAGACUUCGCCGGUGAUAACGUGGGCUGUUGGAUGCAGAUCCAAGUCGGCAAGGGACCGUGGGCUUCGGAGGUUUCUGGAUUGGUGAAGAUCGGUCAAACAAUGACCAUGGUGCUAGCAAUAAAAGACGACGAUAGCAAGUUUGACAUGUUAGUCCGGAACUGUAUGGCCCACGAUGGAAAACGUGCUCCUAUUCAGCUGGUAGAUCAGCGGGGUUGCGUAACUCGCCCGAAAUUGAUGUCCCGAUUUACCAAAAUAAAGAACUUUGGAGCGAGUGCUUCGGUAUUAUCCUACGCUCACUUCCAGGCAUUCAAGUUCCCAGACUCGAUGGAAGUGCACUUCCAGUGUACAAUUCAAAUCUGUCGCUACCAGUGUCCGGAACAGUGCACCGAUCCCGGAAACUUGGAUGUUCAUCAUCUGUCAGGAGGACCAGAACAUCAACAGUACGGGCCACCACCGCCACCACCAGCAUCUUUGGAUGCUCAUGUGUACGCAAACCGCAAACGAGAUGACCGACGAAUCCGUCGAACUCGUGAUACGGGCGAAGCGGAAGACAACGAAGACGUUGGCAUGAAACGCAUAAUUCGAGUUGUAGCCCCCGGUGAUCUGACUUUCCCGAUCGGUAGUCAGAACAGCACCAACGAUUCCACCAUGAUCUUCCCGGCUCGCGAAGAAGGCCUAAUCUGUAUGACUACGCCCGGUUUCACGGUUACGAUCGUGGUGCUUCUAUCGAUUCUAAUUGCUUCCUGUUUGACUUCAGCUUUCCUCUGCAUACGGCUGAAACCGUUUUCAUUGUCCUCCAGGAAACUGCGAGCGGUUGCCUUCACCAAUCCGCACCUCAGCCCUUCGACGGCUUCGAUCGUGUCCAGUGGGCCCAGUUCGAUGGUUAGUGGUACACUGAAAUCCACCAAGUCCACAAAGUCAAGGAAUUUCUACUCGUAAUUGUCACCGUAAGAUUAAGACUGGUAAAAACAUCGCCAAACAGUAUCACACAAACACACAUCUAAAGCAACACAAUAUUCUGGACUUGCAAAAGUAUUACACAAACUUAUAAACAAAUACACGCAUACACACACACAUCUGUAAGUACAAUGUUCUCUAUGGGGAACGCAUCCUACACCUCCAGUUAACCGUCCUCUGCCGAAAAAAAAAAUAAAACCUGCCUUGAAGGAAGGCACAAGUUAAUGAAAAUAAUAGUUGCUCAGUCGUCAGUUGUCGAGAGUGGCUGUUUGAUCAGUACUGUUGUCACAACGUGGUCUAUUCGGUCUCUAUGGUUGAUUGACAGCAAAAAAAAACCCAAAACAGAAAUAUGUUGAACGAACCAGAAAACUAUUCAAAAAGUUAUACUUACGUAUUUAUUUUAUUUAUAAACAAAAUCAUUAGUCAAUGUAGUGGCAAAUACGUGUAACCGUUGUUUUCGUUAAGUUUUUGUUUGGGACCUCUACUGCUUUACUGAUUGCUGUUGUUAUUGUCGCACGACAUUGUUGCACUGAUUGUUUUCGUUAAUAUAGAAAAAAAAAAAAACAAACAAAUUCACGUCAAAGAAACACGCUUCUAGGAACAAAGUUCAUCAGAGCAGACAAAUGACACGGAAAAAUAAUAAUUCACGUUAGUGAUAGGUUAUUUAGGGAUAUUAAGCGGUUACUAAGCGAAAGUUGACAGCGGAAUUCCACAGGCAUCGGGACAUAUUCUUUUCUCCACGGCUUACAGCUGGCGAGCGCAAAAAAUAAAACAAAAUAAAUACCGCCAACGAAUGGACGAGGAGAAAGAAAAUUCCUGCUUUAUAAAUGGGUCGCCAUAUUUACUUUUAAUUAUUUUUAAAUACGUUCAGCUGCGAAAGGGCUGUUUUUUAUUUGAUUUUGUUUUUCGUUUCGUUUUGUUUUUAUAGGGUAUCUUUUUUUAUUAGUUAUUUGAUCCACUCAUACAAUUCCAAUGGUUCCACUGUGCGGAGCUUCGAUUAGAUGAAAUAUUUCCCGUUCUCUAUCUCAGGUCAAUGUCGGUUUUCUUGAAAAUAGAAAGAAAUUUGGGACUCAAACCUUUCGUCGGUGUCUCUACAGUAAACAACGAGCGUGUGUGUGUGGGUGACACAAAAAAUCCUCCACAUCGUGAAACCAUUGAAAACGAGAAACCCAGAGAUGUAGCUUUACUUGCUAAACAGCGCGCACGUUACACGUACUCUUAAUAUAUAUAUAUAUAUAUAUAUAUAUAUAUAUAUAUAUAUAUAUAUUGAUUUAGACUUAGUCCAGGAGACCUUUAUUGAUUCAACUUUUCUCCAGCCACGUUUAUAAUGAUUUAUUGAAUCAGUGCUAACAAAACAUAAAAAUCACUCUUUCUUAUUAGUGCCGCCGAAAGUCGAGGACAUGUGGUCACAUUUUAAAAAUGUGACCCCCUCAUGGAAGUGACCUUCUCCCUAACCUGGAUAAAUCUGUUCAAGCAUUAUUUUUCUACCGAAAGAGAAAAAAACAGAAAACAAACACUAUUUCCGCUUCCCCAAAACUUUUCACCUUACCUACCUUAUUUAAAGCGAUAGUGUUAUCAUAUUUAUUGCUAACGAUAAUUGAAUAAACUAUGAGCUAUUUGAUGAAAGAACGGUCCUUGUAAUAUCAUCGAAUAAAUUAAAAUAUAUAAGAAAUUAUAUAUUUGUGUUAGUAAAAUGUAUCAUAUUUAUACUGCGACACUAGUUUAAACUCUUUCUUCGGAAAAGAGUAACGAACAGUACUAGCUCUGUAAGUAAUUUAUUAAACCUUAUGACAUCGCGGGCCAGGAAUAUGGCUUCCUCGGGCACUAUUAAUCUAUGCGAAAUGUUGUACGUUCUUCUAUGCAUACAUACCUAAGGUGUAAUGUCCGUGAAACGAUUGUGCUGAAUUCGUAUACUUAGUUGAUAAUAAAAACAAACUAUAGCAAAUAAAUAGAGAACUGUGUAUCGGUUCGGAUAUUUUAGUAGUGAUAUGUCACAUCCAUUGAUCUGUGAUCCCUGUUAGAAAAAACGCUCAACGGUGGUCCUUCGUUGGUCCAAUGAACGUCCAAUCAAUCGUUCAACGGGAGGCCAACGGACUUUCGUUUGUCAGUUUUGAAGCAGACCGUUGAGCCGAAUGCCA